AUGGACCGGCAGAGCGGCUAUCGGGAAAGGUCGGAGAAAGGCGGUGCAACAGGGGCUCAAGGAUGGAAAGGCAAGUUGAAAGGCAAGGGCAAGAGCAAGGGUGACUGGAGAAAGGGCCAAGUAGCACCUUUGAAUCUUCCAACAGCGAAGUGGCCUGAACUCUGUGCUGCAGCCUCAUACUGCUAUGCCUUGAAGGAUCCUCAUUUCGAAGUCUUGUCACCUGCUUGUCACUGUCGCUGGUUCAAGCACGAUCCAUGUGCGCUAAAGCUGACGAACCUGAGAUUUGAAGCGUUGAAGGAGAUGCAGAGGUUGUCAGGAGGCUUCGAAGUGACUGUCGGUCUCUUGGCCUCUCUGGGUGCCACGGAGCCGGGUGCCGUGCUACGCUGGGCGAAGUCACUGGAGCCGCAUCAGGGAGAGCUUCUUGGUGCUUUGCUGGUCUUGAAGUCUGCGGAACUUCACCUGGGCGCGAGGAGCUCCGCGGAGGCCGAAGAGAUGUGCCGACGCUGCGAAGCGCUGACGGCGAAGAGUUCCGAGGUGCUGGAACUCAUGGGGAGACAAAAGCUUGAAGAGAUCUUGGGGCAAACUUUUGGUGUCAUCAAAGGCCUUUGGUCCUUUUUCGAGCUGUGGGAGCGGCUUCUGCCAUCCAAAGUGCUUUGUCCCCUCAGUGACACGGGCGCAAUCUUUUGUACUCGAUUCUUCUUGGUGGACUUGGCAACUGCCGCGUGGUCCCCUUAUGAGAUUGACGAGUGCUAUCCCCUUUUCAUCAAAAGCAACCAGGUAUAUAUGGGGCAACUCCCGCGUGGCUUUGCCCGCGAGACCACGGACGGAAUGCGUCAAGGUCAUCAGCUGGAGGCCGCGUGGGUCUUGAACUCUCAUUUGGAAGAAGAAAAGAUCUUGAUGUCUUUCCAGCUUCCCUGUGGCCAACAUGUCAUCUAUGCUGCUGCGCCGGAUGCGAUCGACCCUAGAAAAUGUACCGAGAGAAUCGGUUCCGAGCCGCUGGAGAGGGAAGAAGACUUCUUAAAGGCUGGAUACGAAGCUGGGCCACCGUUUUCCUACCCCACUGAUGCCAAGAAGCAGUGCCGCAUUUGGCGAUCGCAGCGUGCCUCAGCUGUUGAUGUCCCAUUGGAUGCAUACGUCGAAAUCAAGAAGACCACGCACUUGAAUGGAUUAAAUGGUAGCUACAAGCUCUUGAAGUACUGGCUACAGGCGGCUCUGGUGAAAGCUGGCGCCGUUUGCGUGGCUUUUGCAGAUGACACGGGGGACGUGUCCCACACAGAGACCUUCACAAUGCAUCGCAUUGAAAAAGAACUUCAGGAGCGCUUUCAAGACCGGGACCUGCUGAGCAAGGUGUGGGCCUCUUUGUACAGUUCCUUGCAGCACCUCCCUGCCGCCACGUCCCAUGACACGCGCCGCACGCUGCGCUUGCGGAAACGCCGGGGUUAUGGAGAGCAGACGCAGGUACAGCUGGAGGAGGGUUGGGGAGAGAUGGCCUCUGCAAUGGAAGAGGAUCCCUUUGAGCAGCGGGCGGUGCAGUUGUUCACACCUGAAGUCCCCUAG